AUGACUGGGAAGCAAAGGAUAGAUAAUUUGAAGAUGAUCAAAAUUGAAGAAAAUACCCUUAUCACUGAGCCCACCAAGGCAAAAAACAGCAAUCUGCCCCAAGGAUGUCUUCAAGGAAAUAGGUGGCGCUCUGUCUUCAUACCAACAUACGAGAAAUUAUUGGGAACAACUGAGAAUCCCUGGAUGGCAAGUGAUCACAAGUCCUUGGAAGCUAUCCAGGCUACCUGGAAUACCGUCUAUCCAGAUAUCAAGUACAGGGCCACUCUGAAUGACGCUGUCUGCCACGUACACUUACAUUCUCUCAAUGAAAAUACAGCUUGGCCAACGUGUAUACGAAUGGCGUGCAAUGGUGCCACAGCAUAUGCAAUGGUGGACCAGCUCUUUGAGUCUGAGCCAGAUUUCAGCACCUACGAAGCACGUCAAGAAUUCUCAAAAUCAAUGGUUAGCGAUCUUGCAUUUUUAUAUGCAAAUCUUGGUGACAAAAUAUCUGAUUAUCGGGGCGUAUUUCGAUCACCAUUUAUCUUACAGACAUUCGCAUCCCACCUCAACUCAAUCAAUGGCGCUAUCAAUGUUGAGGCCCUUCGCGCACCUGGUACACAUGAACAAUCCUCAGACACAGAUAAAUUCCCACCUCUAGGCGCCCUAGCAAUGUCGGCCGCAGCUAUUGAGCGAAUUCUGACUUUGUGGGCAAAUCACAAAGUUCAUUGGGAGCCCAAGAUUCAACGCUCGGGCCAGGCAAAACCAAUCAAAUCUUAUCUUAAGCCCAUCCCCAAACUCAACAAGGCGACGGGCAAAGAAACCGGCAGCCAUGGGAAUUUCUCAGAAACUAACUGGGGUACAGUGACACGGAACUAUCAUACCUCUAUGAAGAAGCUCCAGCUGGGCACGCUUGAAGACAUUGUUGAACAAGCCCAGGUAUAUGUGAAAGGGAGUUCUCGGUGUGGUUCUGAGGGGGACAGCGAUGAGGUUGAUCCUCGCGCCUGCCUUAUGGAUAUUUAA